GUGGGACGUUGACAGAGCAGUUGCCAUGCUCGAAGGCCACUAUAGGUGGCUGGCUGAGACCAACAUGGAGACGCUGCUCAAGGACCCCUUUCCGGAGGAGGUUCACAUCAAGCGCUACUACCCACAGGCAUACCAUGGCACGGACAAGCUGGGCCGCGUGGACCCUACCUUCUCAUGCGUAGUUGCCUUGUCAGCAGCAGAUGAUCGUGAUUGUCCUGCCAUGUUGGUAUUGUGCUACAGUCUUCGAGUGAAGACGCAUCAGAUUUGCGAGUUCAGCUCUGAUUAA